CCCAGCACUGGGUGCCACCAGAUGGCAGUUUAGGAUUAAGCUUCUGUGGCGAUAGGCGCGGUUCCGCUUGAGGUCUAAAUUAGUAUAUAAAACAUAAAGUAUUCUUUCAUUAUAUUGACCCAAUUAUCGCAAGGGCGCGUUACGGAGAUUUCUUUUGUGGCGGCAGGAGGUUGAUAUGGUGUGAGUGGAUGGAGGUCUUUACUCACUUUUCUGUCUGAAUUAUUUAACUGAAGCUCAGCUGAAGCAGCAUCCUGCUUUGGAUCAAGCGUCUACAAUAAACGUGCUUUACUCCAAACAGAGCCACAAUGAUUAAUUCAGAGUUCCCCAUUUUACAGGACUCUUCUAAUGAGUCUGGACAGGGAGACACAGUCAGUCUGAGUCUGAGUGUCAGUGAACUGGAAGACACUGGAGAAGGAAAAGGGAAGAAGAAGAGAGGACGGCCAGGAAGACCCCCGCAGGCCGCCAGUAAAAAAGCUCGUAAGUCUCCAGUGGAUAAGGGUGGUAGGAGACCAAAUGGCAUGGCACAGCAGAAUGGGGACGGAGGAGACCCCACUACACUGUUUGAGGUGGUCAAACUUGGCAAGAGCGCCAUGCAGUCUGUUGUUGAUGACUGGAUAGAGUCAUACAAACAGGACAGAGAUAUGGCUCUUCUGGAUCUUAUCAACUUUUUCAUUCAGUGCUCUGGGUGUAAAGGUACCGUAAGAAUUGAGAUGUUUAGAAAUAUGCAGAAUGCAGAAAUUAUCAGGAAGAUGACGGAGGAGUUUGAUGAGGACAGUGGUGAUUACCCCCUCACCAUCGCCGGGCCUCAGUGGAAGAAGUUCCGCUAUAAUUUCUGUGAGUUCAUUGGUGUUCUGAUCCGGCAGUGUCAGUACAGUAUCAUCUAUGACGAGUACAUGAUGGACACAGUCAUAUCGCUCCUCACCGGCCUGUCUGACUCGCAGGUCCGAGCCUUCAGACACACCUCUACACUCGCAGCAAUGAAGCUCAUGACGGCACUGGUGAAUGUGGCUCUGAACCUCAGCAUCAACCAGGACAACACACAGAGACAGUACGAGGCAGAGCGUAACAAGGUUGCUGGUAAAAGGGCCACAGACAAACUGGAGCUCCUCCUGGAGAAGAGGAAGGAGCUGCAAGAGAACCAAGAUGAGAUUGAGAACAUGAUGAACUCCAUCUUCAAAGGAAUUUUCGUUCAUCGUUACAGAGAUGCGAUUGCUGAGAUCAGAGCUAUCUGCAUUGAGGAGAUCGGUGUGUGGAUGAAGCUGUACAGUGAUGCCUUUCUCAAUGACAGCUAUCUUAAAUAUGUGGGUUGGACAUUACAUGACCGACAAGGAGAAGUCAGACUCAAGUGCCUCAAAGCACUUCAGACGCUCUACACAAACCGAGGCCUUUUCCCCAAACUGGAACUUUUCACUAAUCGCUUUAAGGACCGUAUUGUGUCCAUGACACUAGAUAAAGAAUAUGAUGUGGCAGUGGAGGCGAUUCGGCUAGUCACUCUGAUCCUACAUGGCAGCGAGGAUGCUCUCUCAAAUGAAGACUGUGAAAAUGUCUAUCACCUGGUUUACUCUGCCCAUCGGCCAGUAGCCGUGGCUGCAGGAGAAUUCCUCCAUAGGAAGCUGUUCAGUCGACACGACCCACAGGCGGAGGAGGCUCUGGCUAAACGAAGAGGCAGGAACAGCCCUAAUGGCAAUCUCAUCAGAAUGCUGGUGCUCUUCUUCCUCGAGAGUGAGCUUCAUGAGCAUGCUGCAUAUCUUGUGGAUAGUUUGUGGGAUAGCUCUCAGGAGCUUCUGAAGGACUGGGAUUGUAUGAUUGAGCUGUUGCUGGAGGAACCUGUACAGGGAGAGGAAGUGUUGGGAGACAGACACGAGAGUGCCCUGAUAGAGUUAAUGGUGUGCACCAUUCGACAGGCGGCCGAGGCUCAUCCCCCUGUUGGCCGGGGAACAGGGAAGAGGGUUCUGACUGCUAAAGAGAAGAAAACUCAGAUUGAUGAUAAGAACAAACUGACCGAGCACUUCAUCAUUGCACUGCCCAUGUUGUUGUCAAAGUAUCAGGCAGAUGCUGAGAAAGUGGCUAACCUCCUGCAGAUCCCUCAGUAUUUUGAACUGGAGGUGUACAGUUCGGGCAGAAUGGAAAAGCAUUUAGAUGCCCUACUGAAGCAGAUCAAACUGGUGGUGGAGAAGCACACAGAGACAGAAGUUUUGGAGGCAUGCAGUAAGACGUACAGCAUCCUGUGCAGUGAGGAGUACACCAUCAUGAACCGCGUGGACAUCGCUCGCAGCCAGCUCAUCGAUGAGCUCUCCGACCGCUUCAGCCACUCUGUGGAGGACCUGCUGCAGGAGGGGGAUGAAGCUGAUGAUGAUGACAUCUACAGUGUUCUCUCAUCCCUGAAGAAACUCACUGCUUUCCAUAAUGCUCAUGACCUAACAAAAUGGGACUUGUUUAAAAACUGCUAUCGGUUGCUAAAGAUGGGAAUAGAGCAGGGAUCGAUGCCAGAGCAGAUUGCAGUGCAGGCUCUUCAAUGUUCUCAUUACUCCAUCCUGUGGCAGCUGGUGCGCAUCACUGAGGGAUCACCAUCCAAGGAUGACCUCCUCGCUCUGAGAAGAGUGGUGAAGUCGUUCUUGGCCGUUUGUCAGCAGUGUCUGUCAAAUGUGAACACUCCUGUCAAAGAACAGGCGUUCAUGCUGCUGUGUGACUUGCUGAUGAUCUUCAGUCACCAGCUGACCACAGGGAGCAGAGAGGCUCUGCAGCCAUUGGUGUUUAAUCCUGACAACACGCUGCAGAGUGAGCUGCUCAGCUUUGUCCUUGAUCAUGUCUUUAUCGACCAGGAUGAUGAGAACCAGAGCAUGGAGGGUGAUGAGGAAGAUGAAGCAAAUAAAAUCGAGGCUUUGCAUAAGAGGAGAAAUCUGCUUGCUGCUUUCAGUAAGCUUAUCAUUUAUGACAUUGUGGACAUGCCUGCAGCAGCAGACAUCUUUAAACACUAUAUGAAGUACUAUAAUGAUUAUGGUGACAUCAUCAAGGAGACUUUGAGUAAGACCAGACAGACGGAUAAGAUCCAGUGUGCCAAAACUCUUAUACUCAGCUUGCAACAGCUCUUUAAUGAGCUUGUGCAGGAUCAGGGGCCAAAUUUGGACCGAACCUCUUCCCAUGUAAGUGGCAUUAAAGAGCUGGCUCGCCGCUUUGCUCUGACUUUUGGACUGGACCAAAUCAAAACCAGAGAGGCUGUAGCAACUUUGCACAAGGAUGGUAUCGACUUUGCAUUCAAGUUUCCGAACCCUAAAGGAGCAGAAUAUCCUCCACCCAACCUGGCUUUCCUGGAGGUUUUGUGUGAAUUCUCUUCUAAACUCCUCCGUCAGGAUAAAAAGACUGUCCACUCGUACCUGGAGAAGUUCAUGACUGAGUACAUGAUGGAGCGAAGGGAGGAUGUGUGGUUGCCGCUGAUCGCCUACAGAAACUCUUUGUUAACGGGAGGUGAUGAGGACCGCAUGUCUGUGACGACAGGCAGCACAACAAGCCGAGCCAGCACUGUACGCAGCAAGAGGGGCCGACCGCCACUACAUAAGAAACGCACUGACGCAGCAGAUGAGACCGUGGACAGCUCAUGGGUGAUGCGUAACGACAGUAUUCAGACUCCCGGAGGUCUGCAGACGCCACAGCUCACCUCCACAGUGUUGAGGGAAAACCCACGCCAAGCAGCAGAACAUGUCCCUGACCAGGACUCAUCUGAGCCUGGCUCUGAACCGGACUACAUUCACAAUCCACAGAUGCAGAUGUCAUGGCUGGACCAGCAGAAGAUGGAGGAGGUGAACAGGAAAGAGAGAGGAGGAAUGAAUUACAUGAAGGCACGGAGUGGAGGCGUACGGCAACAAGUGCGAGGCUUAAUGGAAGAUGACGCAGAGCCCAUCUUUGAGGAUGUGAUGAUGUCCUCACGUGGACAGUUGGAGGACAUGAAUGAGGAGUUUGAAGACACCAUGGUGAUUGAUCUGCCACCAUCAAGAAACAGACGCGAAAGAGCCGAACUAAGACCAGACUUUUUUGACUCCACGGCAAUUAUAGAAGAUGAUUCGGGAUUUGGCAUGCAGAUGUUUUGAAGCAGAUGUGUAAGUUUGGUGGAGAAACACAACCAGCGGCGCUGUUCUUCAGUCAAGCGAAGCCAUCGUGUUUUAAAAAUCACAAGUUCAACAAUAUGUUCAAGCAAAAAAAGACUGACCUGCUUUUCUCUGAUCCACUCACACGUUUUCUCACAGAUUAUCGUAGAGUGUUGGUGAAGAGCGCUGUGUCCAUCUACUCUGUUUUUGAUAUAACAUUAGGUUUUUUUUUGUCCUCAUAUUUUUUUGUUUGUUUUUAAAUCAAACCCAUUGUGUAUUUUAACACAGUUUAGAUAAGGCUGUGUGAAUCAGUUGUGUACAUACUGUAUGUUUGUGUAUGAUCUGUAUUCUCAUGUGGAGCUCCACACAGACCUUGUGCACAGAAGAGGAAUGUGGAAUGAUCCAGAUCCAGACUGCAGUGUUUACACUCUAACUGCUACAGAUUCCCUCAUGCAGGAUGUAAACGACUCGCCACUUUUACUACAUUUCAUUUGGAUUUCUCUCCCUGGUGAAGGAUUCAGAAUUAAUGAGAGACUUUCUGCAACUCGUGUACCUGCUGUAGCACAUUUACAUGGUCCUGUGUGUCUUCAUGAUGGAGGGGGACACGAUGUCUCGGGGUGAAAGUGCAUCACGCUUCAUUCAAACUCGUGUCAUUACAGAGUCAGACACCUAAUUAGGACUGUGCCUAUAGAUCACACUACUGUUUUAAAUGUCUCUCUUACACACACACACAUUUGCAAGUGUCACAUUCAUUCCACAUUUUUAUCUUUAACUAAAGGUUAUCAAGAUAUUUAAAAAGUAUUUUCAUUCAGUAAAUUUGCCACACAAUCUAAGUGUUUGUUUUUGCCUCCAUGUUUUGCUGUAAGUCCUCAGACUUAAAGUGCAAAUCAUUCACAUCCAGAUGAAAAUCUAAUGUCUGCUGUUUUUAACUGAGUUCCAAACUGAGUUCAUGUUCAGUGAAAUGUAGAAACUGUGCAUUUAAAUUAAAAUCCAGUCGGUUUUUACUUAUUCAGGGUCGAAUCCUGGUUAAUAUUUUCGGGACGUUGUUCUCCUGACCCCUGCUUGGAGUAUUGGUCAAAUAGAUUUUAUGUAGAAAACUACAUUUUGUUUCAGUGUUGUUCAGUACAAACAAAAUACAUUUUAAUAAAAUGGAUUAUUCAUAA